UAAUUAAAAUACAUUAAUUAUAUUUUGACAACGUGUGUCAUGUACAUUUACAUCGAUUCAAGUGAAACUUCGCAUUGAAUGAAACCUGAUUCCAAGAAUUGUAAAUUGAAACAGAAAUUUCCACGUUAUAUAACGAGAACAGGUGGGGCGGUUAAAUGUGUUUCCUCGGUGGCUGCAGGCAAAACGAGGGAUUCUAAAAUUAAAAGGAUAUCCAAAACGAUCGUUUCGAUGGGCAAUUGUAUAAAGGCUGUCGAUCCUUCGAUGGCUUCUCUUCCGAGGGGUAUCAACGUCGACACUUCACGGAUUAGAGAAUCGGGGCUGCCAAUUAUUUUCUUAAUUGGAGGACCAGGAGUUGGAAAAAGGACGUUAUGCAGCAAAGUAGCGGAAAAGUAUGGUUUCCUGGGCAUAAUUAGCACUGAUUUAAUUCGAAACGAAGUAUCCACGCGUACCGAAAGAGCCUUCUUAUUGGCACGAAUGAUGUCACAGGGUCAGCUGGUACCCACGGACGUUCUGAUAGAAUUGAUCGCAGUGAGAAUGAUUGACUUCUUGGAUGAAAAAAACGGAUUCAUCGUGAGUGGAUUUCCACGACAUAAAGAUCAGUGUAAAGUGUUUGACAGAGUGAUAAGACCGCCUGAUCUUGUAUUAUUUAUGGAAGCAAGAAACUCUGUUCUAAGUGAUCGAAUAAUGGCUAGAGCAAUCACUACUAUGGAAAGAGUUUCGAUCAGCUUCGACUUUAUUAGGAAACAAAUUAAGCAAUUCCAUAAAAGAAAUAAACCGGUAGUUACAUAUUAUAAUUACAAAAACUUGCUGGUGAUGAUCGAUGGAGAACCUGAAGCGAUUACAGUAUAUGAAAAUGUAUGCGAAGUUAUCGACAACCUGUUACUUAAUUUCCCAACCAGAUCGUCUAAUGUUGAAGAAAUAAACGUGAUAUCAGACGACAUCGUACCAGAAAAUAACGAAGAAUAAAUGUAUUAAGGUUUUAAUACUUCUAGGAAGAAUUUUUAGCUCAAUCGAGGAAAAGAUUUUCAUCAGAGUGUAUUUAGAUUCAUUUUAUUAUCAUAGGGCAAUUAUUUAGCUUAAGUAUAAAGUAGUAUAAUCGAGGGAUUCUCUGUGAAUUUGAUAACAGAUUUAUUAUGUGUGUUGUGAAUCUCAGUAAUUAGCACUUUUGAUAGCUUCAUACUUCGUAGAAUGGACGUGGAACCAAAUAGUUCAAUUUUGUGAACUAUUUGUAUUUCCCUACUUUAAAUAAAAUCAUUGAUUCAAUUCUCAAAAGGUACAGUGUAAAAAAUUAUUGAUAUUCAGAUGAAUUUCAAUAGGAUGGUUCAAUAUAACUCCAUUAAUGAAGGGUCAUAAUUGCCAAACUAACUGUCGACUGCACAUUUUUUUUCCAAUGUACACUGGAAAUGUGUUUUUGAUAGGCAUUCGUUGUUCACCCGCGUACGUGUACGUCCAUUUAUAUUCUCACGUACGUCUGUAUUUAUUCUCAUCCCCUGUAUGUGUUUACGCUCGUUUUAAUCAGUGGAUGGAUGGUUGCUUCUAUUUAUGAACGUCCUCACACACUCGAAACUACAAUCGCGUCAACGUUUCUGAACCUAACUCACCCUCGUAUAUAUGAGGGUACAUACACCCUGUACACGUUUGGCAAAUGCACACAUAAACACACGUGCACUUUCUGUGCCACCUAUCUGCACGUGAAUUCCAGUUCGCAUCUCGGUGGAUAACUGAUAGAACGUUUGCCUGUGCUCGUGCCAUGGGUGAGCUACAAAUUUUAGAAUCGUGGGGGUUCAAUCCAAAGACAGAGAAAAGAAAAAGUAUUCAUGCAAUCGUUAGAUGUACUUCAGUGGGCAGAUUAAAGAUACUUGUGAUUUCAUUUCUUCCUUUUGCAAUUUUUAGUCAAAGAUUGUAGUCGAAUUUCAGAAGCAUGCAAAGACGUCUUCGUCAGUAAAAUAUUACAUCUGUCUGCAACAUGUGAAAUUUUUAUUUUGCAUCGACAAAAUUUCUUUACAACAAAUAAGAACUGAACUAACCCUUCAGUUGCAGCAAAUUUUACACCUCCUUCAUUUCCAACUCGUCAACAGAAAUAUCUCCCCAAGUAUCUUUUUUAAUCACCCUCAGUAUAUCCGCCCCUGCCAGCGUCCAUCGCACACUUCUCGCGUUUCAUUGUGUACGUGACCGGCUAUCGAAAGGUUUUCCCCGGUGUUGGUGUGGGUGGACGGGUGGUUGGCUGCGUUUAUGAGGGUGCGGGCCCGAAAUUGAAAAGCACCCCAGCGAGAGGUAGGCGAGGGUGGUCGUGCAGCAGUCAUUGACAAGCGAAAGACCGUAUCAGAGGGUAAUCCUAUUGGUGGACGGUCGUGUCGCGACGUCCAGACGUCAUUGGUCCGCCUUGAAUCCACGGGGCGUGGUCUGGAGUUCCUCGAGGGUUGGUGGGGUAAAGGAUGCCUGGUUGCAUCCCUGGCAACG